CGUUGCGAAUUCAAUUUUCCUUGAAAUGGCAAAAUCGAGGAGCCAUCCGCUAGGAGAAUCCACGACCGUCUUCGGACGGAGUGAAUCCUAAUAAAAACGAGCAGUGUAUGCGCGUUGUCUCGUUGACCCGGUCCGAAGCAAUUUCCCGUGGAAUUGGUGAAGUUACAUCGGGAUUCGUAUUCGCUUCCCUGUGGCCCAUUAACGGAUCUACGCGGAAUCGUCUGUUGGCUCGACGUGGGUCUAUCGAGUUGUCGGCUUACAGAAUGCUUUGUUUACCCGCGAUAAUUGCUUCCACCGAGUAUACAAACUCUUAAAAUAGAUUAUCGUCGGAUUUGAAGUGUCCUUCCUGAACUGUAUCACGUGCAAACACUUGUUUCGCGCGAAUCCUUAAAUGCACGACCAUAGAUUGCUAUAAUUACCCCUUCGAAGGAAGGAUCUUUAUUUUUCGUUCUCAACGAGGACAGUCAUUAUGAACGACACGUCAAGCGACGAUACAAACGAUUUGCAUGAUUUCUGGAAGGACUGGGAUGUGAAGAAUCUAACGGAGGCUGAGUACCUCACCAAAGUAUUGGGGCCCAAGUAUCUGCCCAUGAGGAUGGUGAUACCCCUAACGAUCACGUACGUUGUGAUAUUUGUAACUGGUAUAUUUGGAAAUAUUGCCACGUGCACUGUGAUCGUUAGGAAUGCCUCGAUGCAGACUGCUACCAACUACUACUUGUUCAGUCUGGCCAUAUCCGAUCUUACUCUACUUAUACUCGGAUUACCUAACGAACUGAGCCUCUUUUGGCAGCAAUACCCAUGGGCUUUGGGGGUGAGUCUUUGCAAAAUCAGGGCAUACGUGUCGGAAAUGUCAUCUUACGUAUCGGUUCUUACGAUAGUGGCCUUCUCAAUGGAAAGAUAUUUAGCCAUUUGUCAUCCGCUACGAGUCUACAGGAUAAGUGGUCUCAAAAGACCGAUACGUUUCAUUUUGGCUGCAUGGUCGAUCGCAUUGGUCUCAGCGAUACCAUUUGCGAUCUACACGAAAGUGAAUUUGGUCGAGUACCCACCAGGUUCUGGAAAUUAUUCAGCUGAUUCGUCAAUAUGCGCGAUGCUCCUGCCAUACAUGCCUGAUUUUCCUCUCUACGAGUUGAGCACCAUCAUCUUCUUCUUGAUACCGAUGCUCGUUAUUCUUGUGGUGUACACGAGGAUGGGUCUGAAGAUCAGGAAUAGCACGAAAGCCACCCUGAGCUCGGUGGUGGAGGGCGGGAUCCAUGGAGAUUCGAAACAGGCUCAGUCCAGGAAAUCUGUCAUCAGAAUGUUGAGUGCCGUAGUCAUUUUGUUCUUCGUAUGUUGGGCUCCGUUUCACGCUCAACGACUGCUUUACGUUUACGCGCAGGAGUCCGAUUACUAUCCCGACCUAAACGAGUGGUUGUACAUUCUCAGUGGAUGUCUCUACUACUUCAGUACGACCGUGAACCCCAUUUUAUAUAAUUUAAUGAGCAUGAGGUACCGGCACGCGUUCAUACAAACGAUUUGCUGCAAAACGAAGAGCACAAAGAGAAAAAGCUGGACCACCAGACAGUCUCAGAAAAGUCAUAGCAAUUCAAAUGGAAAAAUACGCAAUUCGAGCUUCAGGUGUUCCGUAAGGUACACUAUCAGCCAAGCGAAAGAAAUGUUUCGAUUCACUGCCAGUCGAGAUAACGUAGACAAAGAUGGGAAUAUGAACGAUAACGUCUCUCGUAAAUCUUACGUAUUAAAGAAGGAAGACCCGACGUCUAAACCACUUCUCGAUCGAAUACAUCCCACUGUACAGGAACAGAAAAGCAAUACAAGUUCCACGUGUAACACGAAAACUGGCAACUCCAUGUCUACGGCUAGCAGUUCUUUAUUCUUCUGUUACAUAUUCAUUCUUGGUACGGUGAUUUUGAUCCUGGACUCUCAUGUACCGGCAGUGCACAACCGUGUAAGACCCGAGGUGGAUCAUCUGCUGCUUUGCCGUUUUUACCAGCUACAUUUGCCGCAACAAGCGAUCCAGAUCUCUCGGCAUCAUCGUCCAGAAAAUACGGAACAAACAAUGAAUGUAUCAGAUGAAUUGGAAUACAUAUCGUUAAUACGUGGUCCUAAGUACUUGUCUUGGAAACUGACUGUGCCUGUUACUCUGGCAUACGUGAUUAUCUUUGUAACUGGUGUGAUUGGCAAUGUGGCCACAUGUAUCGUCAUUAUCAAGAACCCCAGCAUGCAAACCGCAACCAAUUGUUAUCUGUUCAAUUUGGCGGUAUCGGAUCUCUUACUCUUGGUCUUGGGUUUACCCAACGAAUUGAGUGGGAUUUGGGAACAAUACCCUUGGAAAUGGGGGUUGGUUAUGUGCAAAUUACGAGCAUACAUCUCGGAAACGUCCUCUUAUGUAUCGGUAUUAACUAUAGUGGCCUUCUCGAUAGAAAGAUACUUGGCAAUCCAUCAUCCACUUCGUCAAUACGGCGGUGGAUUGAAACGAUCCAUACGAUGUAUCUUGUGUGCAUGGUUGGUGGCUUUCGUUUUUGCUCUGCCAUUCGUUUUUUACAUGAACAUCGAUUACGUUGAAUUUCCACCAAAAUCCAAACGAUAUUCGGAAGAGUCGGCUAUCUGCGUGAUGCAAGAUGAUAUACCUAAAUUUCCUUUGUACGAGCUCAGCUGUAUACUCUUCUUCCUUGUACCGAUGGCGUUUAUCGGAGUUCUUUACAUGUUAAUAUGCUUACGAAUACAGAGCGACAGCCUCGCGCAAAACGUGGAGGGAUCGGUUCACGGGGAAACUAGGCAAGCUCAGUCACGGAAAACCAUCACUCGAAUGCUCAGUGCAGUGGUGAUAGCAUUCUUCAUCUGUUGGGCCCCAUUUCACAUUCAGCGAAUAAUGUGCGUGUACGGGAACGAUACUUACGACGAUGUAAGCCGAUGGUUGUUUCCACUCACUGGCUGUCUCUACUACUUUAGCGCAACAGUCAACCCUAUCCUGUACAACGUGAUGAGCGCAAAAUACCGAAAUGCUUUUAAGGAGACGUGCUGUUGUUCAUCGAGCAAUCCUAUCACUAGGAUCGGUCCUAGUAGCGUAAAGCAUUCUAGCAUGGUUUGUGCUGCUGGAUCCAGAAUCGAAUCUCAGGUGUUUUCUAUGAAAGACAUUGAGUCGAAUCGUUUGAAGAACAAUUUGCAUAUAGCAGUUCAAUUAAAUUCAGACAAUGGAGCCAAAGAGAAGGGGAUCGUCGCAAAUGAUCCAGCACAAAAUAAUAAAGAUAUCGAUGAAAUCAAUGGUGAAAAUUGUUUAAAAGAAUCGAAGAAAUUAUCCUUUGUUAUUCAUACAAAAAAUGGACGACCGAUGUGUCAGAUGUCCAAUAAUGAAAGUCUUUCGAAAGAGACACACAUUUGAUCGAUGUUAGAAAUAAUAAAGACCAGGGGUCUUCUUGUACGUAAUGAAUUUCGUCGAACUAUGUGCUUUAAGCUGCUAUAAGAUAUUGACCUCCCUUACGAAUGAAACAAGCUUCUAAUUCCUGACCUAGCUUGUCAAGGGAUAGGAUUUACGUAUCUAAAAGUUCUUGCUUGGCUUGGGAUUCAAUAAAAAACCUGGAUGUUAUCGUGGAAUCAAUCAAACCAUAUCCAUGAGGAGGUACUCACUUCUCUGUUCAAAUGUGUUACGGAAAUGUUCGAUGGAACGAAGUCAAACGCAAGCUGGAACGGGAAUCACAAGAACCUUGUUACGAAACUCUGGCUGAUAUUUAUGGUCAAGAAACAACGAAAUGAUCAUAGAAUGAUUUCAAACAAUUUGUUCUAUUUAAACAAUCUCCGAGAUUUUUGUUAAUUUUUUCAAAGCCCGAAAAUUUGCAUUG